GUCCAUUAUCUAAAUAAUGAGGAACGUGGCCACGUGUGGGAGGAACUGAUGAUCAUGCUACCUCGUUCAGUCAUCCUUGUGCUUCUUAGCGCCACUGUUCCCAAUGUUAAUGAGUUCGCAGACUGGCUGGGUCGAAUCCGUAGCAGCAUCACCGGACCUGGAAACUCACUACUUGAACACCCGGUAGACACAAUCCAUGUUGUCGUUACAGAAAAGCGGCCUGUUCCAUUAGAGCACUUUCUAUAUUCAGGCUUUGAAGCGUCAGGGCAAGACGAUCUAUAUAUGAUAGUGAACCAACAAGGGCACUUCUAUCUGCCUGGUAUAAUCUAA